CUCACACACACACACACACACACACACACACACACAAUGGCUAUGACAACCACUUCUUCGACCGCGCUCGUACCGGUGUUCAAGAACGGCGCUGGUGGCGGUGAUGAGGGCGGCGAUGGCAAUGACAAAGACCAGCAGCAGCCCGGACGCGCGCACUACACGACCGACGAACUGCUCAUCAGCUGGGAGCUGAUCUUCAACUACAAUGCUGGUUCGGCUGGCGUAAAAGGUAAGCAUAGGCGCUGCAUCCGGUGUGGUUACGAAUGCCAGGAUCACCACCGCAAACAUUGGCGGACAUGCAAGCACGCAUGUGUGCUAUGCGAGAACUCCCUCCGCGAGGGCCAUAUCGGAGAUGUCUGUCCGAUCAUGAGACAGAACCGUGAGUUCUUCUGUGAGGAGUGGGUGAGUGAAGCGAUGGGCAGCUUCAUGGGGGUUAGUAAAGGUGACUUUCCCCCCCCAUUGACAGAACAGGAUGUCAGACGCAUCCGCCAGAGCAACUCGAGGUCUGCGACGAGGCCCACACAACCUGCUCCUGCUCCUGCUCCUGCUCCACAACAGGCACUGCCUGCGUUCGAUCCGGCCAUGCUCGCCGCUGCUGCCAACGCCAUGUACAAUCCCAUGGCUCACAUGUACAACCCCAUGGGCCCCCCCCCUAUGUACAACUACAUGGCCCCUCCCAUGUACAACCCCAUGGCUGCCCCCAUGUACAACCCCAUGGCUGCCCAAAUGUACAAUCCCAUGAUGAUGGGUCAGAUGAACGCCGCGGCCAUGAUGGGUCAGAUGAACGCCGGGAUGGUAGCGCCCCUUGCUCCCACUGCUCUUCAGCAGCAACAAGCUGGGGCGACUCGGGCUCGUUCUCGACCCAAUCGUGGCCAAGGUAACGCUGGACGUGGCGGUCGUGGAGGCGGUCGUGGAGGCGAUCGUAGAGGUGGACGCGGCGCUGGGCGUGGUGGUUCUGCUGGUCGCGGUCGCGGCGGUCUGUUACUUCAACCUCAAUUUGGCAAUGAGGACGAAGACAUGGCAGACGCCAACAACAAUCCAAGUGGGACAGGUAACUGACACAAUGACCACCCCCUGCACCUCCCAAUGGCGUCGAUGAACAACAUCCGCUACAAAAACAAGCGUCUUCGGACAUCUCUUACCAGCAGACUGAUGAUCUACAAUUUGAUCAAAUCAUGAUCUGUUGGUCACAAUUUAGAGUAGCUGCAUCGAACAACGAAUGCAUUUUAUAGUGUAAUAGCAUCGAACAAUGAAUGCAA